CGCGGCGGUGGGUCGAGUCGCCGCCGCUGGUGCUGCUUGUGUCCCUGGUCAGGCACGUUUAACAUUUCACCCCCUUCAUAUUUUAUAUUCAUAUUUAUCGUGCCCCGUCCCCUGUGUGUGGAGAGAUAAAGAUGGCAGCGAUGGCCCGCCUGGAGGGCCGCGAGUUUGAGUAUGUGAUGAAGAAGCGCUCGGUGACGGUGGGUCGGAACUCGUCGCAGGGCUCGGUGGACGUGAGCAUGGGCCACUCGAGCUUCAUCUCCCGCCGGCACCUGGAGGUCUUCAGCGCCGCCGCCGAGGACACGGGCUCGGGGGAGUUCUAUCUGCGCUGUCUGGGGAAGAACGGGGUGUUCGUGGACGGGGUGUUUCUGCGGCGGGGGGCGCCACCCCUGCAGCUGCCGCGAGUGUGCACAUUUCGGUUCCCAAGUACGAACAUCAAGAUCACAUUCACUGCGCUGGCAAGUGUUAAGCGUGAGAAGCAGGAAUCGGAGUCUCCGGUGAAAGCGGUUCAGCCACAGAUCUCCCCUUUAACCAUUAACAUCCCAGAUAACAUUGCUCACCUCAUGAGCCCCCUGCCCUCACCCACCGGCACCAUCAGCGCUGCUAACUCCUGUCCAUCCAGUCCGCGUGGUGCGGGAUCGUCCGGUUACAGAAUGGGCAGGAUCGUGCCUGACCUGCAGCUCAUGAAUGAUAACUCUCAGUCUGAGAAUGACAAAGAGGCAUCAGAAGGAGACAGUCCAAAGGAUGACUCCAAACCUCCGUACUCGUAUGCUCAGUUGAUCGUUCAGGCCAUAACGAUGGCGCAGGACAAGCAGCUAACACUAAACGGCAUCUACACACACAUCACCAAGAACUACCCGUACUACAGGACAGCAGAUAAAGGCUGGCAGAACUCGAUUCGUCAUAACCUGUCACUGAAUCGGUACUUCAUCAAAGUCCCACGCUCACAGGAAGAGCCGGGCAAGGGCUCGUUCUGGAGGAUAGACCCGUCAUCUGAGAGCAAACUCGUGGAGCAGGCAUUCAGGAAACGCCGGCCACGGGGCGUCCCAUGCUUCAGGACCCCGAUGGGACCCCUCUCAUCCAGGAGUGCCCCGGCGUCGCCCAAUCACUUGGGCGUUCUCUCCGCCCACUCCAGCGGUGUGCAGACCCCCGACAGCCUAUCACGGGAAGGCUCACCGGUUCCCAUAGAGCCAGAGCCCGCCUCUGCCCCGCCCCCUGCUGCUGCUGUCCAACCCAAGCUCGCUGUGAUUCAAGAGACCCGUUUUACCCAGAACACCACAGCGUCUCCCAUCACCACCCAGCCAGUUCUCAUUGCGGUCCAGCGUCCGUUAACGCAGACACUCAAACCGGUCACAUACGCUGUGGCCGCCCCAGUCACGUCCUCCACGUCUGCGCAGCCGCUGAUGCAGACGCUGCAUGUGGUGCAUCAGAUCCCUGCGGUGGCCGUCAGUACAGCAAUCAAAACAGAGACUCUGGAGAAUGGAGAGGAGGUCAAAGUGAAGGUAGAGUCAGUUCCUGGCAUCACUCAUGGCUCUAUAGGCUCAGCCAAUAGGAUCAUUCAAAGCAGCACUGCAGCCACACCCCUCCAGACGGUUACCAUAGUGCAACAAGCCCCAUUGGGCCAGCACCAGCUGCCAAUCAAAACCAUCACCCAGAACGGCACUCAUGUAGUGCCCAUCGCCACAGCGAUACAGAGCCAGGCUAACACAGUGUCGAGUCCGUUACACAUGUUGGCCGCUCACGCCUCGGCGUCAGCCUCCCUCCCCAUGAAGCGGCAGAACGGAGAAAACGGGAGCGAGCCGCCGGAGAGCAAACGAUUGAAAACCGAGGAUGAAGAACACGCAGUCACCACCGACCCGAACGGGACCGCUGCGGACACAAACUCCACCAACCAGCACAAUUAGACAUCCAUUAACCUCCACCACCUCCACUUUCCCUCCCUUUAUUCUGGUUUUCUCUUUUCCUUUUUCUCAUUCUCAUCACGGUUUCUCUUCCAUCCAGCAGCUCACAGUGCCAAAACUGAAGGCUUGGACAAUAACUCUUCAAACCGAAGCAAAAACGUCAAAAAAAGAACCAAAUGCAUAAAAUCCUAUCCGUUACUAUCCGUCAUUUUCUGUAGCAACCCUUCUGUCUGUUUUCCGUUUUAAUACUCGAACACCUGAUUGAACAAAAACUCACACCUCGAAACACAAGAGCAACUGCCACCUGGGCAUUUUUUUACAAACUUUCACCGAUGUUGGAGGCGUUCGUUCAGCUUGGAUUCCGUUCUUUGGUGAUGUUUAGUGACUCGCAGACAAAAUUAAAAAGGAAAGAUGCCCUCCGGAUGUGCAGAUGUGGAUCCGCUGCGCACUCAGAAGGAUUCUAGAACCUCCGGAACUUGUGUGUUGCUCACAGCAGUCUGAGAAUUCCAAAUCCGGAUUUUUUGGCGCUGACAGCGGAACACUGGCUUCGAUCCAACAUUCCAAAGUUUGGGAGUCCACUUACAGAGGGUGAAAAGCCAAGAGGAUGUCCUGGAAUGGAAUUACACUCCAUGAACCACAAAUAGGUUGUUGUCUUUAAAAAAAAAAAAUAGUGCAUACUUGGGUUGUACGUGGAGCCAAAGGGAUCAAAAUAUUCCGAAACACAUCAGAUAUUCCUUAACUUUCGGCAGCUAGCCUGACAGCAUAUCCCACAAUUCCCUGCAGUUGUCAUAGUGGGUAAUAUGCAGUAUUUUGUCAUUCAUACGUGGAGCGUAGGAUCUGGGUGUGUUUUCAUUUAUAGAGACGUUUUAAAAAGUAAUAAUAACAAUAUAUAUAAGCAGCAGCGUAUGAGCAGAAGUGGACAGGCGAUGUCCAGACUGUGUCUGUUUUGUGAAACUAAGCGUAGUUUCUUUUCUAAGAUGGAUAAAAAUGUAUCAGUGGAGUAUUUCCUUCCUAUGUUUUUCCUUUUCUGUUUAUUUUUUAAAACCGGCUUUGUUACACCGACAUAUUUUCAUACAGAUGCUGGAGUGGACGUGUCAUUUCCAUGUGAAGUCAAACUGUUUUCAUUCAGCUUGCAUGUAAGGGACUAGACAAACGUACCUGUGCCGUCGAUGUAAUCCAGAAAAAACAAAAAAGAAGCAAGAUUCGAGAAACCGCUUUGAAUCAGACCAGAUCUGCACUUGAUUAGACUGUUCUUUUUGUUGACACUUUCUCGGUUUCCUUUCCCGUUUCGUUACGCUUUUUUUUAGGCUGUAUUGGUGUAGGCCGGUUCUGUCUGCUUAAUGAUUUGAUUCUGGUCAGGCUGGUGAGUUUGACAGAUUAUAUGUGUUUCAAACAAAAGCAAAAAAAAAAUAUGAUUGAUGUUUGUUCUGCUUCAGUGGGUCAAUGCUUUUUUUUUUAUAAAUUAAUUUAAAACCAUA